UUGUCCUAGGACUUUGUAGUGAGGUAGAGAGUUGAUCAUCUAUUCUCAAUAUUUCUUCCUUAAAUCGGUUUUAUACUUCGUAUGUCUGCUUACCUAAGAGAUUUCCAAAUUGCAAAUAAGACGUACAACACAACGGAGACUGUAUUUUAAAGAGUAGAAAAAUUAACAGUCAUUGCAAAUCGAUCUACGAUGGAUAUAUGACUUCGGGUUGCCCUGUUCCGCGCGCGGCGAUUUGGGCUCCGAAUGCCCAUUUGGUGAGAUGAAGCGACAAAUAGCAGUCAUCUAUUACCCAGCACAAUCGCGAACAUUCUUAUUUUUAACGAGCGAGCGAGAUCCCAUCGUCCGUAGCAUGGGAUCAAAUUCUAAGCAUGCUUUAUAUUCAAUGUCUUGACCCUGCUCGCAAGGUUGCAUUGUAUUCGUCAUGCAGUUAGAAAUUCUCUACCUGGUGUUGAGAACUCCGCGAUAGAUAAAGGGGUCCUUCUUCUGAUUUAGCCAUCGAUGUUUUCCUACUGCUACUAAUCGUCUUCUGUCAGUGUUUCUUAGAGUGAAUCUAGAAGACUACCCCGAAAUUCAUCCAUCAUGCCCGUUUCUGUCGCCUCCGUAGUUACGCUACUGGGUGCUUUCGUCACCACAACACUGGGACAUGGCUACGUCACCGGCUUCGUGACAGACGGUGUCCAGCAACAAGGGUUCCUGCUGGACUACUACUACAACAAGAAGAACGGUAUGCCCAGCCCGAAGAUCGCGGCCUGGUAUGCAGAGAACACGGACAGCGGCUUCGUGGCUCCAGGCGCCUACCAGACUCCCGACAUAAACUGCCACAAGAACUCGCAGCCGGGCGAGAUCACGGUACCGAUCAAGGCGGGCGGCACCGUUGUAUUCCAAUGGGGCACGGCAGCGGGAGGCGCGUGGCCGCAUCCUUACGGCCCCAUCAUCGACUACCUAGCCGCGUGCGACGGGGACUGCAGCAAGGCCGACAAGACGAAGCUCAAGUGGUUCAAGAUCCAGGAGAGCGGGAUCGACUACGGCACGCAGGAAUGGGCGAGCGCGAAGCUCGUCGCCAACAACAACACGUGGACAACGACGAUCCCCAAGUCGAUUGCGCCGGGCAACUACGUGCUGCGCCACGAGAUCAUAGCCGCCCACGGCGCCAACACGGUUGGAGGCGCGCAGAACUACCCGCAGUGCUUCAACGUUGCGAUUUCGGGAUCGGGGACGGCGAAACCGGAGGGGACGCUGGGCACGGCGCUGUAUACUAGCAACGACCCUGGUAUCCACUUCAACCCAUACGCGACGAUUAAGGACUAUAAGAUUCCCGGUCCUGCUCUGUUCACUGGUUAGAGGGGUAGUUAGUUUCGUGGUGGCGGAGAGUGGGGGGGCUGUAUAUGAAGUUUUCAAGUUAUUGUCAUGGCAUUUCGACUGUAGCUGUAUCACUUUGCCCAUCCAGAUAUAUGGGUUUUACAUAGUUGAAUAAAGCAGAUAACUACAUGAACGAGAAUUAGGCUAUUAAGUUGGUAG